AUGAGCCCGGACAUGACGAGCAGUGACUCCAAUGUUUUUGUCCUGGAAGACGAAGCUCUGACAAGAGACAUGAGCAAAGACCCUAAAACCGAUCAAGAAAUAAAACUUACGACAACGAUAUUGAUAGUGCCGACAAUUAUCACAACGAUCCCAGAGGAGAUGACAAUCCUCCAAAACGCCAACCCCAAAGACUCUUGGCUUGUUGCUUCUUUAUUGAGGUUUCCUAGAGUCGACACUCCGAUGACAAUCAUGUUGCGAUUGAAGUAUCCACGGAAUACGUUCAGCUCGGAAACUAUGAGGAAGACUAGGACUUCUGAGUACGGGCAAACCAGGACGGUCACUUUGAGUGCACUUACGACUGACGCUGGCAACCACCACAUGUGUUACGGCGUCGAAGAGAAAGAAUUUGCUGAUAAUGAACGUUUUAACCAGCAUAACAGCACAAGCAGCGAUUACGGCGAGAAGAGCAACGAUGUUCAUGGCCCUGACAACAUUCAGGAUCACGUACCCUGGACCAGCCAAGGGUAG